AGAUGAAUCAUCUUCUGACACAGUUGAAAUUACCAGCUGUCUAAAGUGGAAUAACAAGAAAAUGCUGAUUAUACUUGAUUUACUGCUAAUGCUCAGCGUGGGGCGAUGCGCAGAUGAUCAGAUCUUUGAGACAACGACUGUUGGUGUUGGAGAAUAUGUGACACUAAAAUGUCCCUGCAAGUCUUUUCAAAGCCUGUUUUGGAUCAGACUUAUUCCUGGAAAUCUUCCUGAAGUCUUAGGAAAAGCACUUAACUCUAUGGGUGUCGAUUCUCGCAUAAGAACCACAGAUGAGUCUGGAGCAUUUGUUCUGCGUAUUAAUAAAACAAAGCUAAGUGAUGCUGGAGUUUACUUCUGCAUGCAAAUGCAAAAAAUCUUGACAUUUCUGAAAGGAGCAGACCUGAGAGUUGAAGAACCACAAGCUGAUAUGACUACAGUCCCUCCACCUUAUCAAGUCCGUCCUGGAGGAUCUGUGACUGUGACUGUGCAGAGUUCAGUCCUCUCUGACUCUGAGAAUAAAACAUGUCCAGGAGAAAAGACUGUGUGCUGUUUCAGAUCUGAAUCAGACGAAUUUCAUCCAAGCUUUACUGUUAUUCAAGCAAUCAGUGUUGAAGAGCAGAAAAAGUACCAUAACAGACUCUCAACAAAGAACUGUACCUACAGCUUCUCAAAGAACAUCAGCUUCUUGGAUGCUGGGACUUAUUGCUGUGCUGUGGCCACACGUAAGGAGAUAUUUUGUGGAGACAAAUCAAAACCCAACACUGAAGCAGUCAACGUUUGGGAUUCACAGAAGAACAUUACAAUUCUCUCUCUGUUAUGUGCUGCUUUGGCUAUAAGUCUCAUUGUUAUAGCCUUUCUCAUGUAUUCAGUCAUGAAACUCAAGAAGAAAUCUUGUGGUUGUUGCAAUGCUGCUGUUUCUCUGCAAGCAAAUGCUGUGACAGUCAGUGCCGAUCACCAGAGUCAACAGACAGAUGAGGCUUCAUUGGUUUAUUCUGCACCAAACUUCACCAAAAGGAAAGUUGGCAAAGCAGGGACAAGGGAUGCAAAAACUGACGAGGAAGAGACUAUCUACACAAAUGUCAGAGUUAGAUUAACAGCCUAAACAACAGAGGUAAUGUCUGUCUGUAUACUGUGUAGAAAAUGUACUAAAACAUGUAUUAUGGUAUUUUAAUGUAAGAAUAAUAUAUUGUAAUAUAAUGCUUUUGCAUUAGGCCUUUACCGUAAGGAUUCCAUAUCUAUGAAUGUUUGUUUCAUUGUGAGUCAUCAUUAAAGUUGUGAACUCUA